GCAUAAAGUUUCAAAUUUUUAGCAUUCCAAAGAAAAAUCAAUAUUCUUUUUUUACAUACACGACAAAAGAGGGAUUUCGAAGGAAGCCCUAACUAAACCGCCUCUAUAUCUCUCGCUCUCAAAAAAAAAAAAAAAAAAACAAAGAAAAGCUUAAGAAAGGCGAUAAGUGUGGACAGAAAGCCAAAGCACAGAUCUCGUUCAUAUACAAAUGUUGCAGAAGAAAGAUGCAUUUGCAUUAUCAGCAUUAGCUUAGAAUUUACAAACAAUUUCUCUGUUUUAUCCUCAAAAGAAAAGGGAAAAAAAAAAAAGAGUCUCGUCACCGAUGGGUCUCGACGCUAAUUCCCAAUCGGACAAAACAAAAAUGGUAGCAACAUUGCUAGCAGUAGCAAUCGGAGUUUCACUUUUAGGGUUGUAUCUGAAAGGUGGCGAAUUAAAUCAAUGGAGACGAAUUAAACAAAAGAAGAAGAAGAAGAAGAAUAUACGGGUGUACAUGGACGGCUGUUUCGACAUGAUGCAUUACGGUCACUGCAAUGCUCUUCGUCAAGCGCGCGCAUUAGGGGACGAAUUAGUUGUUGGCGUUGUUAGCGACGCCGAAAUCAUCGCCAAUAAAGGUCCUCCCGUGACGCCUCUUCAUGAGAGAAUGAUUAUGGUUAACGCCGUCAAAUGGGUUGAUGAGGUGAUUCCAGACGCGCCUUAUGCUAUAACGGAAGAAUUCAUGAAGAAGCUAUUUGAAGAAUAUAAUAUUGAUUAUAUUAUUCAUGGGGAUGAUCCUUGUGUGCUUCCAGAUGGUACUGAUGCUUAUGCGCUGGCUAAGAAAGCGGGCCGUUAUAAGCAAAUUAAGCGCACCGAAGGAGUUUCUAGCACGGAUAUCGUUGGUAGAAUGUUACUGUGUACGCGAGAGAGGUCAAUUAGUGAUAGUCAUAAAAAUUCGUCCUUGCAAAGACAAUUUAGCCAUGGUCAUAGUCAGAAAUUUGAAGAUGGUGGAACUGGAACUCGUGUUUCUCAUUUCCUUCCUACUUCGCGUAGGAUUGUUCAGUUCUCCAAUGGCAAGGGUCCAGGUCCUGAUGCUCGCAUUGUUUAUAUAGAUGGUGCUUUUGAUCUUUUUCAUGCUGGACAUGUUGAGAUUCUUCGGGUUGCACGAGGGCUUGGGGAUUUUCUUCUUGUCGGAAUACACAAUGAUCAGACUGUCAGUGCUAGAAGAGGAGCACAUCGCCCUAUUAUGAAUCUUCACGAAAGAAGUUUAAGUGUGCUGGCUUGUCGAUAUGUGGAUGAAGUGAUAAUUGGUGCCCCAUGGGAAGUUUCGAAAGACAUGAUAACAACCUUUAACAUCUUUUUAGUAGUACAUGGAACAGUAGCAGAGAACACAGAUUAUCAGGAGGAAAAGUCUAAUCCAUAUGAUGUUCCAAUUAGCAUGGGUAUCUUUCAGGUUCUGGAAAGCCCUCUGGAUAUUACAACUACCACUAUAAUUAGGAGGAUUGUAGCAAAUCAUGAAGCAUACCAGAAACGCAAUGAGAAGAAGGCAGAAAGUGAAAAGAGGUAUUAUGAAGGUAAGACUUUUGUAUCUGGUGAUUGAGCUGAGGUCAAGCAACGCAUGGAUAGUAGGUGACGUCAUUAUUUAUUUGUGGUCACCAGAAUAACUUGUACUAACAUUACACUUGGCGUGAUUGGGUUGUGAUUUGUAGUUGCGAUCCCAUGUCACAUAUAAUUGAUGAGUUAGUAUUGUCAGGCAGUUAUAUUUGUAUUUCCAUUUUGUUCUUUACACUGCUAUUGGAAUUGGAUCCAAGGCAUUGAUAGCAAAGUUGAGGUAUUGAGACCUAGAUUUCUUAGGAAAGCCAUGUAGGCACUAUUACAAACAGUAGCAGGAGUUCAGCACACUUCUAUUAUCUGUUGCAUCAUCUUAUUUCCAUGUAUACAUUAUUACUUAUGCGGUAUCAAUAAUGGAGAAUUUUUUCUACUGA